AUGUCAACAGAUACAUGGAGCUGUCGACAUGAAACAGACGAUCUUUUUUUAAUUACAAAACGUAGCUUUAAUGUUUAAAAAAGUCAGUUGAGGAUGAGAGGCGGUAUUGUUAAAGUCUUGUCCUUUUUUCUGUUGUUCGUAAGUUUUUGUGCGUCAGAGCGAGCAGAGAGGGAAAACUCACUUGCCUUGCAUGAGAGAGAUGACGAUGGAGGAAAUGUGAACCAACAGGACAAUAUUAUAGCCGAGGAAGGGCAGUCAGUAGAAAACCAUGAAACAGAACAUGGUUCGAACCUCGAUUCAAACGAAUUACAGAAGGAUGGGUCAUCGGUCAGUAAGUCCAAUGACACCACCGACAACUACUACAAUGACACCCUUCACUCAACAACAACUACUGUCAAGCCAACUACCCCGGCACCCCCAACAGUCAAGCCCAUUCUGCCAGUGCAGACAGGGGUUAAGGCCCAAGAAGAAGAACAGUCCAGUGGGAUGACCAUAUUCUUCAGCCUGCUUGUUAUUGGUAUUUGCAUCAUAUUGGUGCACCUGCUCAUCAAGUUCAAGCUGCAUUUUCUUCCAGAGAGUGUGGCUGUUGUGUCCUUAGGGAUUCUAAUGGGAGGCUUCAUUAAGAUCAUUGAGUUCCAGGAACUGGCCAACUGGAAGGAGGAGGAAAUGUUCAGACCCAACAUGUUCUUCCUUUUGCUUUUGCCACCCAUCAUCUUUGAAUCUGGAUACUCUUUACAUAAGGGUAACUUCUUCCAGAACAUUGGUUCCAUUACCCUCUUUGCUGUGAUCGGCACAGCUAUCUCUGCCUUCAUAGUUGGAGGAGGCAUCUAUUUCCUUGGCCAGGCUGAUGUUAUCUAUAAGAUGACCAUGACUGAUAGCUUUGCCUUUGGCUCACUGAUCUCAGCCGUGGACCCCGUAGCUACCAUUGCCAUAUUCAAUGCACUCAACGUGGACCCAGUCCUUAAUAUGCUGGUGUUUGGUGAAAGCAUUCUCAACGAUGCUGUCUCCAUUGUCCUCACCAACACAGCGGAGGGUUUCUUUUCCCGCUCAGACAACUCCACGGUAACAGGCUGGGAGACUUUUCUACAAGCUCUGGGUUAUUUCCUUAACAUGUUUUUCGGUUCUGCUGCACUGGGAACCCUCACUGGACUCAUCUCAGCUCUUUUUCUGAAACACUUUGACCUGAGGAACACGCCAUCGCUGGAGUUUGGGAUGAUGAUCAUCUUUGCCUAUCUUCCCUAUGGACUGGCAGAGGGAAUCAAAUUGUCUGGAAUAAUGUCUAUCCUGUUUGCGGGAAUUGUGAUGUCUCACUACACCCAUCACAACCUAUCUCCUGUCACCCAGAUCCUUAUGCAGCAGACACUGCGCACUGUGGCCUUUAUGUGUGAGACGUGUGUGUUUGCGUUCCUCGGCCUCUCCAUCUUCAGCUUCCCUCAUAAAUUUGAAAUGUCAUUUGUAAUCUGGUGCAUAGUCCUGGUUCUUCUUGGCCGUGCUGUGAACAUCUUCCCUCUGUCAUUUUUGCUGAACUUCUGCAGGGACCACAAGAUCACACCUAAGAUGAUGUUCAUCAUGUGGUUUAGUGGUUUGCGAGGUGCUAUUCCCUAUGCCUUGAGCCUUCAUUUGGGUUUGGAACCCAUUGAGAAGCGUCAGCUAAUCGGCACCACCACCAUCAUCAUCGUGCUCUUUACCAUUCUUUUCCUCGGGGGUGGCACCAUGCCACUCAUCCGCAUCAUGGACAUUGAGGAUAGCCAGUCACGGCGUAAAAACAAGAAGGACGUCAAUCUCAGCAAGACACAAAAGAUGGGUAAUACCAUUGAGUCAGAGCAGCAUCUAUCAGAACUGACAGAGGAGGAGUAUGAGGCUCAAAUCUAUCAGAGGCAAGACCUAAAGGGCUUCAUGUGGCUGGAUGCUAAGUACCUUAACCCCUUCUUCACUCGCAGGCUUACACAGGAGGACCUGUUACAUGGCCGGAUCCAAAUGAAGACUCUGACCAACAAGUGGUACGAAGAAGUUCGACAAGGACCGUCGGGCUCUGAGGACGACGAAGAAGAAGCCGAACUUCUCUGAUCACUUUCACUGUUUGUUUUUUUUUGUAAGCCAAUUUAUGGACAUUGUGUGGGCUGUGGUUUGUGUGUCCCUCUGUGAAAAUGAGCAUACUUUUCAUUUCCUCCACAGGAAUGUGUGGAAUGUCUCAAGUCACAGUCCGAGUAAAACUCACAUUUAACACUGUAAAACUGAAUGAGAAAAAACAUGUUGUUACUUUGUAAAGAAAUUGGCAGGAUAUCUGAUUGUAUGCACCAUUGACAUGUUGAACAGCAGGAAGAGAGUUUUGCUGAUUCUCAGAAACUUUUCCCGUGUUUUUCUUUCUUUUUUUGAAUGAAUCUUUCAAUCCAAGGGAAAACUCAAGUGAUACUGUGAUGAAAAUGUUCAGUUCUAAAGCACCUUAUCAUUUCUAUUUGUCCCUUGCUUAGUUAAAAGUACAAUGGAAGUUUUAAAGAUUGUGAGGGGGAAGAUACAAAACAAUGGCGCCAAUGUUUAUAUACUGCCAGAGGUUUGAAUAGCUAUUCAACUGGAUUUAAUUCUCUCCAAGUCUCCACAUUUUUGUUAAUUAAUUAUUCUGAGUAAAUUUUAAGCAUAUGUAUUGAUACAUAUGUAAUAAAGAUUUUUAAAAAGGACCAAGUACCGGGCAACAAAAGAAAUGCAGGAGAGAGUUAAAACUAGUUUAGCAGGUGGGAUAAAACUAAUAGUUAAAUGCUAAAUUCUAGACUAUUGCUCUGAAAAAUGGGAAAUUGCUUUCAUUUCUAUGUAUACUUUAGCUCUAAAAACAAUUAACUUCCAUGUGUUUAUACUGAUUUGUGGGUAAGAUUUCUGUCUCUACACUGUCUAAAAGUGGACCUUGUUCACAAAGUAUUUCCUUUGAUCCCGGGCACCAAUGAAUGUCAGAUGGCAAUGUCUUUUUUUUUGUAUUUAUUUGAAGAAUAUUUAUGUGCCGUUUAUGGAUAAUGGCUUCUAUACAAGCUCUGUGAGUACCACAAGAUGAUAAAAAUAAAUAAAUAUCUCUCUCAUA